CAAAAAUAGAUUUAAAACCCAAAGGGAUUAAAUUGAAUAAUAAUAAGACAUCAUGGACUGGAAGCCAAAUGUUGUGUUCGAAGAGUUUGAGGUGCCGACUGAAUGGGUUCAUGAGGUUGCAGACGACACCUUAAUUGCAUAUCUACCAGGGUUUAAGAAGGAGCAACUUAACGUUCAAAUAACCAGUGGAGGAUUCUUGAGAAUAUAUGGAGAACGUUCACUCGGUGGCAACAAAAUCAGCCGAUUUUCUAAAGAAUUCCCAUUCCCAUCAAACUGUGAUUUAUCCAAAAUCAGAGCUAAUUUCAAUGGCGGCAUGCUUCGCGUUAAAUUCCCCAAAUCCACCAUCCAAGCCGAUCAAAAUCAACAAGCAAAAACAUCUCCAGAUCCAGAUCCAGGAGCUCCGCCGUCGAUGGCGGCUCCACCACCUGCAGGUUAUGCUGAUGCCGCAUUGAAACAAAACGACGCCGUUCAACAAGCUCCUCCCACGGCGGAUCUAAAGCCACACGCAGAUGAUGAUGAUAUUGAUACUUCAAUGAAACGAAAAGAUGCCGUUGAACAACAGGUUCCUCCUAUGACGGGGAUUGAAAAGGCGGGUAAGGGACUGACUCGUUCGAGAAAAAUUGUUUUGGCUGUUUUAUUGGUUGCGGUAGUUGCUGUUUAUGUUAAAAAUGUUUUAACGAGUAUAAUUAAUUAACUCGAAUCUAAAUCCGAACCUGAACUCGAAUAUUGAACCUUAUACUUUAAAUCUUGAAUUUGACCUUUUGAUUUAAGGUUUAGGGUUUAAGUUCGAGUUCGAAGUUCAGAUUUAAAAAAAUUAUCAAAAUUAUGUAUCAAUUACAUAGAAAAAAAUUAUUAAAAUAUCAUUAAAUAAUUAGAUAUAAAUAUAGGAUGA